GUCGGCCCAGCUUCCCAGGGCCAGUUACCAUCGCCAGUCGUUGUACCGCUUUCGAAGACCCCUCGGUAACCAAGGGAGAUCGGUCUGUCGUUCUUCAUCUACUGGUGCUCUGUCAACCUCCACCGGAAGGGGGUAGAGGAGGGGCGAACCAAACUGCCGGGCCCAAGACGCGUCCCCUACUCGCACCAAACUUGCCUUGGAACCCAUCCGUUGACGGUCUAUCUUUCCGGAAGACCUUUUCUCUGCCGCCGAUUCAGAAAAGCAUGCAGCUGUCAUUCGACGGGCGGUAUAUCGUCGAUGGACGUAUACUGAUAUAUCAUCCCAUGCAGACUGGCGGUCUCCAUUAAUUCCACAUUUCCCGUCUUCUGCUCCGUUUAGAUAGUCUUUGACCUCCCUUGACGGCUUGGGAGAAGGCGACACGCAUAGCUUACCAGUUUCAAGGUAUGUGUCACGCGCACUUUUGACGAAUACUUGUAUGCUUUGAGCCACUCGUCAUCAGUUGAAGCUCAUACGCCUCCCACGCAUAUGUGGGCAGAGUUCAUUUUAUGAAAAACCCUUUGGAUAUCAUGACGGGUAUUAUUCAAAAACUACGAAGAAAGCGGAAGCUCUCUUCGGAGCUAGACACCCGCUGGGGAGAUGUGGCUAUCACGUAUCCCAAUGCAGGCUCCUGGAGUCAAUAUGAGCAAUCGCCUGUUGGAACAUCCACUUCAAUACCCAUUAAAAUGUUGGACCACUGUCGACGACAUGGUUCUCUUGAUUCGCUCGAUCGCCAUGGUCACACAUCUACUCUACCUUUGGGAAACUUCAAAGAGCGGACAUCAUCCACGGAUUCAGCCAUGACCAUGCCGACGGGACACUAUGACGCAAAAGUACGAGGGCGAUCAAAGAAAAAAGCGCCCCCUCCUAGUCCUAUAGUAGGGCAUAAAUCCCAUCCUACAGUGAAGGAUGGAUUUGACGAAUCCUCUGUUGAUGAGGAAGAGGAUUCCAUAUCUGGCCUUUAUAGUCCAAAGACUCGAUAUCUACGAGACAGGUCUCGUACGAGAUCCCGUGAGGAAAGCGACGCCUACUCGCGCGCAUCCAAAUCACCACCGCUGUCGGUCACAUCAAGAAUGCGUCACUUCAGUUUGCAGAGCACUACGACCGAACCGACAGCAUCUAUACCAGCUACAUCAAGCUCGAGGCAUACCAGUUAUACGUCGUCUAUCCCUUCGGCGCCGUCUGAAGACCCUCGACUGGGACACCGACCAAGUCCUCGUGAUACCAAAUUGAUGCCUCGGCCGAAGCCUGCACCGGUUGCAGAACAGGAGUUAGUUCCAUCGUACGACGAUCUUUACGGAUAGUGAAUUUCCACUAUAUUGGAUUCGAGGUAAUGCUUUGAGCUUCCUGUGCAAGAACAGGCUCCUGCAAAUGACCGAUACGUUAAGCUACCAUGAGUCAUGACAAACACUGAUCAACCGAUUUGGAUCUUUCUUUGCUUUUUUCGUUUAUGUCUCGCCUCUCUGUUUCUUUUCCCUUUUCGGUGCCACCGGCGAGAAAGAACAAACUUGCAUAGUGGCGUUAUUAUCUAAUUCGUAUCUCACGUUGGAGGCCAUAUUUUUUAUUUUUUAUUUUUAUUUUUAUUUUUAUUUAUUUUUUUUUCAUUUUCUUUUUGUCAUUGUCUUUUCUUGCCCCAUAUCAAUCGGAUUUGACCAAGUACUACUAGUAGUAGUCUAUGAGCGAUUUGAUUUACCCUGUCUAUGACAGCCAAUGAUGGUGAAUUGCGCUUAACUGAUGUUUGGCGCGAAGGGCAUUUUAGCGGAGUGAUGACCACCGACAGUUAUUUCUCGGGCAUUAGAAUUUGUAUACAAUUAUUUUAUUAUGAUGA